AUGCGAGGUAAGGCCUCAGCAGAUUUUCUCUUUGACGCAGAGCCAGAACGAUCGUUGCAAGCUAGACUUCGGAAAGCGAAACGAGAUAGACUGGAAGCUAUAAAAGAGAACCAAACAUCUUCAGAAUCUGAAAGAGACGAGAUUUUUUCUAUUCAUUCAGAGCAUUCAGAUUCGGAAGCUGAAACAAUGGCAGCUCCCGUAGAAAGAUUAUUAGGUGAUUAUGGUGGAGCUAAUGCACCAACCGGCCGGAUGACGAUUGUGAAUCAACCGGUCUAUGUCGCUCACUUUCAGUUGCACCCAGCAACAAUACGACAACUUGAAAAGAAACCUUUCUCUGGAAGAAUCAAUGAAGAUGCAAACAAACACUUGCAGAGGUUUCUUACUAUGACAACGUCGUUAAAAAUAGAGGGGCAUUCUGAAGAGGCGAAGAAACUGAACUUUGUGAAUGGUUUGAAGUUGAAAACUAAGCAACUAAUUGACACAGUUGCCGGUGGUUCAACAAAUUUUAAAACAGCCACGGAGAUAAAGAAGAUCAUAGAUGCUAUUGCGGCAAACGAACAUUUAGAGCUGUAUGACCGCAGUGUUAAUCAACCCGAGGGGUUAGUUGAUUUGAAGCUGUCAAAUCAAGUUGUGAAAAUGGAAGAUCAGAUCGCAGCUGAAGUUGAACGCAGAUUGAAACAAAUGGCACUUGAAAAGCAAACUGUUGCACAGGUUCAACCAGCUCAGCCGAGUCAAGCGGUAAAUUGUGAAAUAUGUGGAGGACCUCACUUUGCCAUGCAUUGUGUGGUGACAGCACAACAGGUUGAGGAAAUUAAUUUUUUGAAGCAGAACAAUCCCUAUUCCAACACUUAUAAUCCCGGAUGGAAAAAUCAUCCAAAUUUUGCAUGGAAAGAUCAACAAGGAAAUGUUCCUAAACAAGGGAUAGCACAACAACUAGCAAGUCCCCAACAACCUGGUGCUCUGCCUAGUGCAACAAUUCCAAAUCCCAAAGACCACAAUAAUGUGAGUGCCAUAAUCACUAGAAGUGGUAAAGCAAAAGAAGCUAUGAAGGAAAAUGCCGAAGGAGAAGAGCCAUUAUUGGAAGUUGAUCUAGAAAUAAAGGAGAAUGAGGUGGAAGCUGAAGAGUUGGUUGUGUCGGAACCUGUGACAAAAGAGAAGGAGGUUGAACCAAAACCAACCAUCAAACUUCCUUUCCCUACAAGAAAUAAGAAGAAAGGGCAGCAUGAGAAAAAUUUUGAAAAAUUCUUGGAGAUGUUCAAAAAGAUUGAGUUAAAUAUUCCUGUCCUGGAGGCGUUGGAGCAAAUGCCUACAUAUGCCAAAUUCAUGAAGGACAUCAUCUCAAAGAAAAGAACCACCGAUCGUGACCCUAUUAUUCUAACUGAAACUUGUAGUGCUAUUUUGCAGGGUAUGAAGAUCCCGGUGAAAAAGAAGGACCGAGGUUCCGUGACUAUCCCUUGCACAAUUGGGGAUCGGUCUUUCAAGAAAGCUCUUAUCGAUUUAGGAGCAAGUGUGAGUCUCAUGCCGCUAUCUAUUUACAAAAGACUAGGAAUCGGCAAAGUGCAAGAUACAAGGAUGACACUCCAAUUUGCGGAUCACUCAGUAAAGAGACCUUACGGGAUAGUAGAAGAUGUGCUUGUAAAGAUUGAUAAGUUUGUGUUCCCGGUGGAUUUUGUCAUCUUAGAGAUGCCGGAGGAUGAAGAAAUUCCGAUAAUUUUGGGAAGACCAUUCUUAGAGACUUGA